AGUGCUGCCAAUCAGUGCCGCCUAUCAGUGUGCAUCAGUGCCGCCUAUCAGUGUGCAUCGGUGCCUCCUAUCAGUUCCCGUCAGUGCCGCCUAACAGUGCCAUGCCAGUCAGUGCCGCCUAACAGUGCCAUAUAUCAAUGCUGCCUGUCAAUGCCCAUCAGUGCCACCUACCAGUGCCUCCUCAUCAGUGCCCAUCAGUGCCACCUAUCAGUGUCCAUCAGUGCAGCCUAUCAAUGCCCAUCACUGCAGCCUCAUUAGCGCACAUCAGUGAAGGAGAAAAAUCACUUAUUUACAAAAUUUUACAA